AUGCAUUCCUGUACUAUACCGUCCCCGGAUCAAGCAUCAAUAUCAUUUACCAAGGAUGAGUUUCCUCGGCCCAAUACCACUAUCGCCUCUCUUGCACGUCUCAAAACAGUCUUUCAUGCUACCUCCUCAUUUGUUGCGGAGCUGAAUUCUACUGAAGGAAAUUACACUGAGAAGAGAAACUACUUUCCAAGCGUGACGGCAGGAAAUUCCAGUGGCAUAAGUGAUGGCGCUGCUUUUAUACUUCUAUGCAGCGGGUCUGAAGCAAUUCGUCUAGGUAUAUCCUGA